CAAUCUCCAGCACGUCAAACACAGAGGCAGACGACGGUCCUGAUUUCCUUCUUAAGGUCGCACAUCUUCUCAGUAUUUACAAAUUCUCUUUGUGAUUACUUUUUCAAUCUUUCCCAACCAUCAAGAUGUUUGCGACCAAGGUCCUUCGUCAAGCCUCUGCGGCUGCUGCUCACGCUGAGCGUACUCCAUUGAUCAGGUUCAUGGGCAAGAGAUCAAUUCCUUCUUCGGUUGAUCACUCUGCACGACCACAUCCAGCAUCCCCAACCCACGAACUUCCAGCAGGAUUCGCUGAGGCUCAAAAGUCUUCCUCCUCUUCCUUCUCUUCCUACAGACAAAAUGCUCAACAACAUGGUCCACUUGGUCGCAGCGCCAGAAGUGACGGUACAAUUGGUUCUCUCUCCGGUAGAGCUCUAGGCUCCGUUGCUCCAACCAAGGGAGAAUACUUCGAUCGCAGUGAACUCCCUGCACGUUUCCAACGUACUCCAAUUGAUCUUGCCGAGAUUGAUGCCAUCGAGACUGGCGGUGCUACAGUUCACUUUACCUCCCCCCUCAUAGAACCCCCGCUUAAGCCAUUAGAGACCAUGUCCGGGUCAGAAGAAAUCAAAGAGAUAAACCAAUCCGGUAAACUCAUCGCUACAUACAUUCGCUCUCAUACUAUUGGUUCUUCUAGCACGGAAUCUGACCGGAUCGAUGUCGAUAUACCAAAAGGUCCGUCGACGUGGGUUAUGAGCUUGGUAGGGGCAUUCAUGCCAGUGGGAUAUCCGGACAGUGUUACGGAGGAUUAUACUGCGUAUCAAUUUUAUGAUUCUAUUCAGGCUUUUGCUAGUACGAUUGCGGGAUUGUUGGCUAGUAGGGCUGUGCUUCAAGGUCUCGGCGUAGGCGACUCCAACGCCUCAGCAACUCACGCCGUUCUCCUCUCCAUCCUCCAAGAAUCCGCAGGUCGUAUCUCUACCAUCCUCUUCGCUCACCGACUCGGAAGUGCUCUCGAACCCGAAUGCAAAAAAUAUCGACUCAUGGCUGAUAUCUUCAACGACGCUGCUAUGAUUCUAGAUUGCAUCUCCCCUGCUUUUCCCAAAAUCCCCCGCGUGUUUUUACUCAGUGCGAGUAGUGUGUGUAAAUCGCUUUGCGGGGUUGCGGCGGGAAGUAGCAAGGCGAGUUUGAGCGCGCAUUUCGCGAAGAUGGGAAAUUUGGCGGAGUUGAAUGCGAAAGAUGCAAGUCAGGAAACUCUCAUAUCCCUCCUAGGUAUGCUCGUUGGAACAUUUGUCGUUUCCAAGAUUUCUUCUCAGGUAGCUACGUGGAUUGCAUUGCUCUCUCUCCUUUCCAUUCAUCUCGGUACGAACUAUCUGGCCGUCAGAUCAGUCACCAUGCGUACCCUCAACAGACAACGAGCAAAUCUCGUCAUUUCAUCUUUCCUCUCCAAUACAAAACACGAGAAGAACAAAACUGCUCUCCCCUCUCCUAGAGAAAUAUCGCUCCAAGAACGCAUAUUCGAACGCGACGGCGCGAUUCGUAACACCCAAGGCACAAUCCUCGCUUACUGCAAAGUCGGCACGAGUCUCCAAGAACUGCUCUCGUCAAUUUCCACACCCACAACUGCAGGAAGUUAUGCAGAAACUGAUUCAAUCCUUACAUCUCUACUAUCCAUCUACAAAAUUCAGGGUUACAUAAUGUGGUAUUCUCGUCCUCGCAAUACAUUCCUCGUUGUUUUGAAAGAAGGGUCACCCCCAAAAGUUCAAUUGGAUGCGUGGUUCCAUGCUAUCUUCGCCAUUACGUUUAGGGAGGAGAAGAUUCAUGAAUCCGAGAAGAAUCGGAUAGAUAAUCAAAGUAUUUUGAAUUGGAUGAAGCAAUCGCUAGAGCAAUCGGAGAAAUGGAGAGCUGAAAGGAGGUUUUAUGAGGAGUUGGAAAAGAAAGGAUGGGAUUUGAAUACGGCGGCGAUUGAGGUUAGAGCGGGAACGAGAUUGGUUGUUACUGAUGGGCAAGAGAGGGGAGAGUAG